AGAAAAUCUAGCCCAGCCGGCCGAUAAGCACGAGUCCGCCUAGCCAGGUGAAGCAACACGGCAACAGUCACUACGUUAAGAGCACGUAUCUGCAUAGCAGUUGGACUACCUUUGGAUCAUCAGACAGCUUUUGAAGCCCUGAGGGCGGCGAACAUCAAAUAGUUGUAAUAACCAAGAACAGUAACACGUCCAAGACAACAGUCUAGAGCAACGUACAGGGUCACGGUAGUUUGCUCGGUCCUCAACUGGUGGCAUGUAGCAAGACCUUUUCCAAGGAUUUGUGCUGUUUAAAACAGCCAAGGUCUAUGGCAAGUCUUCACCCGGAAGGAAGUGUAACAGUGGUCGCCAUCAGCGACAUGCAUGGCUUGCACCUGCGCGACGACGUCAUCGACCUACCGAACGGCGAUGUGUUGGUGGUGGCGGGUGACAUAGAGCUGCGCGGCGAGCGGGAUGUGGCGCAGCUGCAGCGCUGGCUGGCCUCGCUGCCGCACCCGCACAAGGUGGUGGGGUUCGGGAACAUGGACCGAGCGGCGUACGAAGCCUACAGCAGCAGCAGCAGCAGCGGUCUGUCCCUGCCGGGUGCGGUGGUGGUGGUGGACGGGGUGGUGGAGGUGGCGGGGCUGAGGCUGCUGGCGUCGCCCUGGUCCCCGAGGUAUGCGGGCGUGUGGCAGUUGGCCGAUGAGGCAGCUGCUGCUGCGCACUGGUCCCGCCUGCUGCCCCCGGACCUGCAGCUUGACGUGUUGGUGACCCACACGCCGCCGUACGGUUUCGGAGACCUCACCCGGGGGCGCCACGUGGGGGACAAACAGCUACUGCAUGCCGUACAGGCGCUGCACCGCCCGCCCCAGCUCUGGGUGUGCGGCCACAUUCACGAGGCGGUGGGGGAGCACCGAGUCCCGCACGCGGCGGCAAGCGACCCACGGGGCAUCCUGCUGAUCAACGCGGCGGUCUACUACGCGGGUUACG